AUGCCCAGACCUUCUCUUUGGUCUUCAGCGGCGGCGCCGCGCGGCGAGGCGAGCACGAGCGCGGGCGGCGGCCGCGGCGACGAGCAGCAGCAACAGCAGCAGCAGCAGCAGCCGUCGCGUGCGGUGUUUUUGAAAGCCCCGAAGCUGCGCGCCCCGGAAGCUGACGUGAAGCUGGUCGAUGCGCGGCGGCUGCGGGUCGCCGCUGCCGCCGCCGCCGCCGCCGCCGCCCCCGAGGCUGCGCCGGGCGGCGUCGCCGCAAGCCGGCAGCUGGGGGGCCGGCUUGCGGCCGAAAUCGCUGAGGUGGAGGAGAUGAUGGCGGCCGCGGAGGCGGCGGGCGGGGGCGCGGAAGGCGAGGAGGCGCUAGGUGACGACGAUUUUUUCGAUGACUUUGUGUGCCGGGCGGCGGCGGCGGGCGGCGACGGCGAGGGGGAGGGUGAGGAGGAGGGCGGGGGCGCCGCCGCUGGGGCGGCCGCGGCGGCGUCGGAGGGAGCGGAUGAGGGGUUUUCGGGGGAGGGGGAGGAAGAGGAGGACGAGGAGGAGGAUGAUGAGUACGAGGAGUUUAGCAGCGACCUCGAGGGAGACGAGCAGCAGCAGCAGCAGCAGCAGCAGCAGCAGCAGCAGCAGCAGCAGCAGCACCAGCAGCAGCAGGGGCAGCGGCAGCACGCGCCCGGCGCGCCGGCCGCCGGGCUCGCCGCGCUGGACGACCAGUUUGAUAAUCUGAUGAGCGCGUACGACGAGGACGAGCUCGGCGACUUGGAGGACGAUCCGCGGGCGGCGGGCAGCCGCGAUUUGGGAAGCUUCCGCGCCGUCCUCGGGGCGGGCGGCGCCGGCGGCACGGGCGCCGGCGGCGGCGAAAGGGCGGCGGUAGAGGGGUACGGCGUUGCGCUGCCGCCGAGUGGCGCGGCAAAGGUGGCCACGCUGGAUGAUAGGGAUGAAGAGGCGGUGGCUGCGGAGGCGGCGGCGGCGGUGCGGCGGGAGCAGUGGGACUGCGAGAGCAUUCUCAUGGUUCGCAGCAACAUGAGCUACGCGCCGGCGCGGAUAGCCAGCGAGCCCGCGCGCAGCCGCGCGGGCGGGGAGCAGCAGCAGCAGAAGCAGCAGCAGCCCGGCGGCGGCGCGGCGGGGCUCAUAAAGCUCAACGCGCGGACGGGGCUGCCGUCGGGGGUCAAUGUUAAUGGCCGCCAGGGGCGCGUGGAGGAGGCAAGCGAGGCGGAGGAUGGAGGGGACGAGGGGGAGGGCGAGGAAGAGUCUGACGGGGCGCCGGCGGACGCGGGCGCGGCGCGGCCGAAGGGGGAGACGGCCGACGAGCGGCGCGCGCGCAAGGCGGCGAUAAAGGAGGCGCAGCGGGAGGCGCGGGCCAACAAGAAGCAGCUCAAGGGCCUGUUCAAGAAGGAGGCGGGGCGGCAGCGGGCGCAGGGCGCGCACGCGGUGCGGGGGACGACGAUCCCCAUCCCGUGA